AUCAAUUUGAUGGAGGAGAACACAAAUGCCGUGGGAAACUGUUUGAUCCCCCCUUGUUCCAAGGUUUAAGUAAUACAGAUGCACCACUCUCAUGCUGGAUUCCAGAACAAUCGAGGGCGGAGCCAGGAUUUCGAGACCAGGGGCGAAAAUAAUUAAACAAAAUGCCAUGGGAAACUGUUUGAUCCCCCCUUGUUCCAAGGUUUAAGUAAUACAGAUGCAC